GUUUUUAGGUGUUCUACGAUUUUCUAAAUUCUUAGUAAACAGAUAAAUGGUAUACAAGUUUUUCAAUUUACAUACAUUUUUUUUGUGUUCAGCAAAAAAAUGUUCAUAAGAUCAAGCAAGGCUUCUGCGCUUCUUGGAUCGGGUUUUCCCAUUGGUUUUAAUUAUCUCAAGAGGAUGACAGAUGUUCAAGUCAUUCGCUGGAGUGCACAAGGAAAUAACAUGGCUGCCACUCCGAACACUCCAUCCAUUAAGUGCUCACAGGAAUACAAAUGUAUAUCUCAAGCUGUACUUGUCAAUAGCCAAGGAUGCGUGAGGCGCAACUAUAGCACCGAAUCAGCUUCCACAGAGACGCCGAGUGUUAAAUUGAGCAAAAGGCAGCUACUGAAGCGGGCAUUCAAGGAAUACGGAGCUACAAUCGUUGCCUUUCAUGUGGGCAUUUCAGUGAUUUCGCUUGGGGGCAUCUACGCUCUCGUAUCUACUGGGAUAAACCUGGUUCCCGUUCUGGAAUUCCUUGGCAUAGGAUCGUCGGCGAUUGCAGAGAAAGUGGCCACAGGAAGCACCUUUGUUGUGGCCUACGCCGUUCACAAAGUCUUUGCUCCGGCCAGAAUCAGUGUGACUCUGGGUGCCACCCCGCUUAUUGUUCGCUAUCUGAGAUCCAAAGGUCUCCUAAAGCCAAAGGCUUAAAGCAGAUAGCGCGAAGAGUUUAUUAUAAUGUUUAAUAAAAAAAUAGUGCAAAAUUUCA